AUGCUAUUGCAAAGAAACGUGCCGUUUAUCUAUAGGUAUCGUCGAGCUUGCACUGCACAACUUAAAACAAGAUCCACUUUAUCGUUUAGCAAGAAUGUACUGAUUAAGCUGAACUUUAGAUUUUUCGCCAUCCCCGCAAACUAUGCUGAAAGUCACAACGAAGGAGGAAAUGUUCAUCAUGAUACGAGGUGGCCUAAUCACGAGAAUCCAACACCAUAUGAGGUUUUUGGUAUCACUCAACAAGAGUGCUCUUCAAGUAGAAAUAUAAACAAAAGCAUCUUGAAGAAGCGAUUUCAUGAGUACGCAAAAUUGUAUCAUCCGGAUAUCUCGCAGAAUGUACGGAUUAUAAGAUCACCAAUAAAGCAGAAGCAACUUGGCGGGUCCUUGUUGUCUUUUGAUGAGAAAGUGCUUAGGUUCAAGAUAAUGACGCAAGCUUAUGAAAUUUUGAGCGACACUGGGAGAAGAAAUCUCUAUGAUCUCACGAAAUCGAACUGGGCAUACGGACCUCAGUCGAGUUCAACGUACGCGUCAUCUCAUGCAUACCCAAGCAGCCAUGGCUACCAGACAAACUCAACAUAUGAGUACUGGAAUGCCGGUACGUGGGAAGAAAUGAACGAUUUAAACAAAGGAACGCAAGAAAGAGAGAAGCUGGAUCCGUGGACAGUGUUUCUGUGGCUUUGCGGCCUAGUGGUAUGUUUAGAGGCCACUGCGUUACUAACGAGAAUCGAAAACUCUUUGACAAGUCAACAGUACACGCACGAGGAAACAGAGUUCGAUUUAGCACAAUCCUAUUCAAACUAUGGCCUAGAUUCUGAUAAGUUUUCAAGACUAAGAAGAUUCCUGUGGUUCAGAACCUACGGACUCUAUAGGGCUAAAGAUGAUCUAGACAGAGAAGCAGAGAAGAACGAAGGCUUAGUUCAAGAUCUCAUAAAAGCUACAGCAGAAAAGGAUAAUGGAGCAUGCAAGUUUUCUGCCUCCAAAAAAUGA